AUGGGAUUACCGUCACCGAAUCCUGCUAGAGUCAGAACAGAAGAUGAUAAAAUUUUGUUCAGUUUCAGGCUUGCUACGUGGGUGGGUGGUGCAUAUAUUAAUGGUACAGCUGAAAUGGUAUUUUC